AAAUGGUAGUGCUAACAAAAGCGGCUACUACCAAUCUGGGCUUUAUGGUGUUUUUUCUUUUGCUAUGGACAAUGUUUUCUUAUCGUUGGCUGGAAAUCACCCACUAAUGGAAAAUGGAAGGUUCCCAGUUAUGGUUCAAAACCCACAUUUCGCUUCUUGGACACAACUUUCUGCACAGACAGCUGGGAACGCAGCUGCUGCAGCAGCCGCUGCAGCUGCAGCAGUACAUCCAGGAACAGGGGCACCAUUCCAGUUUCCAAACGCCAAUUCGUUUCAACAUCUUCAGUCACCUGAUUCAUCAACUGCCACCUCUCGUAGUGUCAAUUUAGAUAAUUCUGCUUCGGUCAGUGGAACAGGUAAUAAUUUUUCACUUGGUUUACAAUCAACAACACCUUUAACUUUGCAACAUUCAAUCCCAUCACAAACUCAUGCACAGUCACAACAACAUCAACAGUUACAUCAACACCAAAUACAAUUACAACAGCAACAACAACAUCAACAUCAGUUACAACUUCAACAACAAAUUCAGUUACAGCAACAACAGUUUAGACAACAACAGUUACAACAACAUUCGCUACAACAACAAGCUAGACUUUCAAACCCAUCUCAGCAGCAACAACAACAGUUGCAUCAGCAUUUACAGCGCCAACCUGUUGUUCCUCAGUCACAACAAAUGAAUCCGAUUUCUGGUGUUAGUCUCCAGACUACCAGUACCAAUACAUCACAAUCAUUACCAACUAUUUUGGAUACUACUGGUUUUGGUAUGCAAAGUUCAUCAACAAUGCAGACAACUCCAGCAGUUCAUAAUCAACUAUCUCCUCGGACAUCUAUACUUAAUAUAACAAAUUUCCCAUCAUUUACCACUGUUACCACUUCAGUGAAACAGAAACGAAAGUCUAAAACCACUAGUAAAAAGCCUCAAACCGAGGUCAUAUCCAGCACUACUGUUCUUAGCACAAGUAUUCCAGCUUGUGAUGUAGUAAGUACAUUAUGUCCCACUUCUGCAGUAUCAUCAUUUAGUAUGAUUCCAAUGAAUGGUAGUUUAUCAUCAAUAUCAUCGACUGGCCAAACUAAUUCUAUACCAUCUAAUGCAGUUACGUCAAGUAGUGAGACGUGUGUUUCACCAUUACCAACUGUACUUUCACCAUUACCAACACUUCCUGAAGAGAUUUUAUUAAAGAUUGAUCCUUCUCUGGGUGAUCCUCCACCACCACCACAUGCAGAUAUAACUAUUACAAAACCUUAUCAAUGUGAUAUAUGUUUCAAACGAUAUUCUGGUAUGAAAUCAUUAAAGAAUCAUAAACUAACUCAUUCUGAUAUCCGACCUCAUAAAUGUUCUAUAUGUGGUAAAGCAUUUCUUAGGGCUGAUAAAAUGCGUCUUCAUGAGAUUUCUCACUUAAAUGUUAAACCGUUUGAAUGUACUACUUGUAAACAACGUUUUACUCGUUCUGAUAAAUUAAAAAUUCAUCAUCGUACUCAUACAGGUGUUCGCCCAUAUGCAUGCACUUUUUGUCCUAAGCGCUUUACAAGAUCCGAUAAACUUAAAAUUCAUGAACGUAUACAUACUAAAGUUAAGCCAUAUGAAUGCUCCCAUUGCGGAAAAUGUUUUGCUCGUUCAGACAAAAGAAGACUACAUGAGAAAACUCAUAUGUAUGGACCUAAACCUCGUGCUACCGGUGGGAAAAAAUCCAAGACUACAAGUACGGCAUCUGCGGCUGCAGCCGCGGCAGCAGCUGUUGUUGCUGCUGCAUCAGCGGCGUCAUUUCUAAGUGUUAACUCUAUUGGAAAAACUCUAGGUCUCCCACUAACUGUUGCCAAUCCUUCUAUCAGUGUCAAUAAUUCUUCAUGUAGUGUGUUUGAUUUCUCUUCAAUCACAAAUGUUUGUACAACUAGUCAAAGUAAUGUAUGUUUUUCAUCAUACCAUAAUGUUAGUUCAGCUCCAUCUAAUAUGAAUGAAAAGACCGCUGAUGCUCAACAGAUCCCUUGUUCUUUGUCUACAAUUUCUUUCCCUUUGCCAACUUGUCAACAGUUGCAUUUACCAUCACAACAUCAUUCUACUUUAGCUUCACUUGCAGGAAUUGCUCAGUAUCAUCCAGCUUUAUUUUCCGCUCAUCCGCGUCAAUUUUCUCAUACCGCAACAGCAGCUAAUCCUGUUUCUUUUUAUCCCACAAACCAAACUACUUCUAUGGGAUUUACAACAGCUAAUUCAGGAUCUUAUCCUCAUGCACAAGUAAUGCCCUUUCUAGUCAAUUCUAAUAACACAGGUGCAUCAUCUUCAAUCUCAUUUUUGGGAUCUAAUGCGGUUUCGGACAGUGGCAACAAUAACUGUUCAGUUGCUAACACUUCUGGUGUCUAUCAAAGCUCUUCUUCUCAGAAAAUGGGAGCAGAUGUAACUUCGUUUCCGGUUAGUACGUCUGGGUUAACACAGCGAGCUGGAAUAUCUCCGAUUUCUGAUUCUGUCUCUGUGAAUCCAACAUCGACUACAGUAGCGAAUACAAAUAUUGCAGCUGUAAUGGCUGCGGCAGCAUUAGGUCGUCAAUUUCAUCAAACUCAACAACAAUAUCCGCAGAUAGUAGCUUAUUCAGCUUCUCAACAAAUCCCUAAUGUUUCAGCUCUUAUUCAUCAACAACAGCGCCAACAACUCCAGGAAAACCAACAAUCACAAGAAACUGGACAACAACAAAGUCAACAGCAGGCACAUUUUGUUCAUCACCAAACACAAUCUAAACAAAUCCAGUCACAACAGCAUCCACCUCAACAGACACAACAGCAACAACCUAGAUCUCAAUUUCAGUUCUACCAACCUCAGUUUGCUCAUCAGUUUCAACACUCAAGUGGCCAGUUACAGCAAGAUCAUCAACAUCAAAUGCUGCAACACCAACAGCAAGUUAUUCAGUUGCAUCAACAACUUCAACAACAACAGCAACAAACUCAACAACAAACUCAGACUCAUCAACAACAACAACAACAGCUUAUGCAACAACAUUCCGCCAUGCUUCAACAACAGGGUCUUAUUUCACCUGCUCAUUCUGGUACAUCGGUUGCUGCGUUCAGUUUAUUCCCUCAAGCAGCUGCACAAUUUAUACCUGGUGUAGUACCAGCUCAGUACGCGGCAGCGGCGGCAGCAGCAGCAGCUCAUUCAACGCAUCAACAGUACAUGCAAGCACAACAGCAACAGUAUUUGGCUGCAGCCGCUGCCGCUGCCGCAGUUGUUUCUUCUUCUUCUUCCUCGUCUUCGUCUUCUGCACCAAUUCAUUCAUUGACACUUACAACAUCUCAUCAAUUAAAUAACACAACAACAAUUACACCGACAACUAGUUCCAUUGUCGCUUAGCUUUUUUAUAUUUAAAUCCGACUUCUCUAUGUUAUGUUAUGUGUAUAUCCAUUUGAAAGUAAUUUUCUUCAGUCAAUAUUAAUGAUAAUGAUGAAGCAAAUAAUUUUAUGAAAGACGUACCAGAAUCAAUCUUUUUUUCAUUACGUAUUACCAACCGGUUUUUUGUGAAAUGAAUUUGCAUUUGACUUUUUCGCAUUAUGUUAUGUAAUGUUAAAUUGGGUCUUUUUUCAUCUUAGAUACAAUAUAGUGCAGUCAUAUCGAUUUUUUGCACUACUCUGUUCAUUUUUGUACAGACAUUUAUUGACACGUACCUGUAUUUGUUUGUUUGUUUGUUCACUAAUCGACAGUCACCUACUUUAGAAUACCGUAACUUCUUACACAAUGCUUCUCAAUAUGCAUUUGAAUCUUAUUUUUUUUCGGAGAAAGAGAUUCCAUUUAGUGGUUCUUCAUCUUUCCAUUUCGUCAUAGUCUAUUAAUAUAAUAUAUUUAUGUAAUAUGUGUCAACAACCUUAGACAAUUAAUUCAUUGUUUCCUCCUCUUCUAACUCUUUGGUUUUUAAUUUUUUAUGUCAGGUUGAAUUUAAACUAAUAUUUCAUUAUUUAUUAUUAUUGUUGUCCAUCUCUGUCAGAUUAUUAUCUUUGUUGUUACCAUUAUGGUAAGUUUACAGCUUGUUAAUAAUUUCAUCAAUUCUAUUCUCGUAAUUUCAUUCAUUUUUACCAUAAAUAAAAUAAAUAUACACCAAAGUUGGGUUUCCGUGUGUAUAUUUAUCUAUUAUCUUGUAUACGCUGAAAUCUAUUUACCUCGUCCUAUAUUGCAUCUUUACUUUAAUUAAAGUUCUAUCCUUUCUGUGUAGAUACCUUUUUGCUUUUAGUUUGACUUGUUUUCGCCUUCCCUUAAACUGGGCUAUUAUUUUGUUUCAGUGCAAUCUAUUUCAAUUGUUAGUAUUCAUUAUGUAUGCUACACACACACACUAUGUACACACAAGUGCAACCGAAAAAAUUGUUCUUUUUUCGUCUUAAUUUUUUCUGACUUCAUUCUUUAUCAUAUUCCGUUUACUAACCUACCUCUAGGAAAAGUAGCAUAUUUUGUCUUUUAUGUAUAUGUCCUUUAAAAUACAAUUUUUCCGCCUGUAAAUGCGUAACAGUUUACUUAUCCAAUUUUUCCGGUAGGCAUUUUUCCCGACUUUCACCAGUUUGUAGACGACAAAUACACUGAUUGGUUUCAUCAUUCUUGAUUUUAACUGUUACAAUAUUUUUUUCUGUCUUAGUCCCAUCAAAUCAGUUUUCUCUAAAUCAUCCUGGUAAUGAAUUCAUUCUAACUAAUAAAGUAUAUACAUAUGCAUAUAUAUAUAUGCGUAUACCUGUGGCUCAAUGCAUUUUCUUAUUAUAGUUGCUAUCACUGAUCAUUAAGUUUAAUUUAUUUUAUGAAAAAACAGCUAAUAAACUGCUUACUGUUCUCAUUUUACUUAUAUAUACCAGGUUACAAUAUAUCUUUAAUUUCCAGAUACAUAAAUGCAUGCAGUGUUACAACAGAGUAUGUGAAUCAAAACUUCAUGUAAAUAUUUUCAUUUUGUGUUGAUUUUUAUUCCUACUUUAUAUUAUUUCUUAUUCUCCAUUGAAAUAUGAUCAAAACCAUGUAGACGAAGUUAUUUUUUAAUUUCAUCUCUAUGAAAUUGUUCGUUCUGUUUUCUUCAGAUGAACGUUUACAUAUUCUGUAUGUGUCUGUCCCUGUAUUCUUAUGUAUGUGUGUUAUAUGUUGUUAAAUGGAUUUGCCCAUUUGUUUUGUUUGUUUAUUAGAAGAGUAUGUGUUAUUAUGUAAAGAGAAAAUAAUCUCCAAUUUAAGUAUACAACUAUUAUUAAUACUACUGUUGCAUUUUAAUCGAGUUCUCUGUUCUUGUUCUUUUUGUUCAAUUUUAUUUUGUUUUUUUAUAUAUUAUAGCUAUAAUGAUGAUUUUCCUGUAUUACGUUUAUGCGGAUAGGAUUGUUUUUCUGUGUGAAUUCAUUAGCAUAAAUAUUUUCAAUAUAAAUGUAAGUUUGGUUUAGGCAUAACACCUACAGUUUAUAAAGCUGCGGCAACUGUCCAAUGAACUACGAUUUUAGGCGUUUGACUUUUAAACUAUUUAUGAUCUCGAGUUAACAACUCUUCAUUUGUGUCAGUGUAAACACUCAUGUCAAGCAGCCAGUCACAUGCACCGUAAAAUUUGGCGCAUGUGUUUAUCGGUUUUAUUUGUGAUACCCAAUGGGCACAGUGAAAUGAAAUUGUCAAGACAAAUCCUAGGGUAGCAGACAUAGUAACAGUUUGAGUGGUAAUAGGAAAGAUUAGUCAUAGAAGAUACUAUUCGUUAAAAAAAGUAUGGGUUGGUGAAAUAAAACGAUUAUCAGGUAAUUUAUAAACGUUGGAUCUGCGCUUUUGAGAACGGUUUUCAGCCGUUACCCAACGUUUAAGCAUUGGUUACAAUGAUUAAACAGACCACAACCACGUCUGCAACUACCUACAUGGUUCUUGUACAAUCAGUUUCUUCGUGGGUUGAUGCCAUAUCUUGGUGUGACUGCCCCUAGCUUCUGUCGUCACGCACCGAGUUAGCUGGGGAAUGAACAUUCGUAAUACCAUCUCAGUCGAUAAAGCUUACCUCACCGAUCGAUUUGUCAUUUUUACUUGGCGCCCUCUGUCGAGCGUCAGAAGUUCUAACUCGAUGAUGCCAACAUAUACAAGUAACGGUCCGAAGGCAUCUUUAACUGAAUACUAGUGACCUAAAAGUAUAUGUUUAAGGGCCGAGUUUCAUGACAAUAAUUAAAACAAACUGCUGCGUUGUAUAUUCGUCCUUUAGCUGAGAAAUGGAUAUUUCACCGUGGCCAGUUUAUAAAAUCCGACCGAGAUUCAUUAACUCGUACGUUCAAGUAACGGCUCUAUCAUUCACGUGGUAAAUGCCUCAUAACUGGUUAUACACACCUGCAUAGUUAUUGUUAUUCAGUUUCUAACGCACGUACCCAUAUAUAAGUUUUUUUACUUCCUAGUUUUCAGAUUGCACAUUAGCUCAGUCUAUGUAAAUGCUCAAAACCUGUAUGCUUUUACGAAGUUUUGCAUGUGAUUAUAAAGCAUAUGUUACAUGUACUAACUGGGAAGUUUCUCAGCAUGUACAAGGAGGAACCUAGUUAUAUUUUCAGCAUCCUAUCGGUCCACUUGGAGAUAUAUAGUAACACUAGUACUCCUGAAAUCCAUUGGAUCAUGUGUUCGCGUCCUAUCGAGUCAUCAGUCUUCAUACGAUUGAUGUUGCGUUAAACGUAGUUCAAGGUUUUGUAUGGAGCUUAUGAAUAAUGAUUGUAUGACUGUGAAAUAAUAGGCUGCAAACCCAGCAUUUAAUUUUUACUAAAUGGGAUCAUUUAGAUGCUCUGAAAAAUUAUUCAGUGUCCACAUGGUCAGUGGUUUUGCAAUCGCCUACUUAACCUAUUAUUUGAUUUUCGACAACAUAAUAGGAAACUCCAGCACACUUGUCAUUUUUUCUGGUAAUUUUAGGAUAUUAAUCAAUAAAGUCGGGUUACUGAUUGGAUUGAAAAAAAGUAGUGUGUCUGCGUAAAAUACUUUUACAAGGUAGAAUAUAGUUUUCCUGAGUCGCCAUACGAAUCUACAAAUCUUGCUUUAUAAAUCUAUUAUGAUGAUUCCUUACGGUGCAUAAUGCUUAAAACAAAGACAUACUUUCUCAUUGUUCGUAUGCAUCAAAAAUAGACAAUGUAUGUCUGUAGAAUGCCAUACGGUUAGAUACAAAUGGUUGUAUUUUUCACAUGUCCGUUUUAUUUGAUAUUGUAAUUGGAAUGUCAACCAACCUCAGACCGUAAUUUAUUAAUCAUUCAGUAAACAAGAUUUCAGUUAAAUUCCAACAUUGACAUGUUUUUUUUGUUUUUCAAACCUCCCAAGAUGGAAAUAUUUCACACUUGGCCAUAGACAGAAUUCAAACUGUAGAAAAUCAAAUUUUUCACGUUAAUGUUGUCCGUAUUGAUUUAUCUUCUUAACGUUCAUCUGUCAUCAACUGAAUUAUAUACAUAUUUGGAUCCUUUGCUAUUAUACUGGUUUGAACCAACUAUACUGAAGUUAUUUCAAAACUAAAACUCUACUACUAACAAAUAACCACCACAUAUUCUACUGGUUAGAAUAAUCUUACACUGGAAAUAAUCCAAUGAUUCAUCAACUGUUGGUGUUUUUUGUGCUCGAGUAGUUCUUGAUGUAAGCCAAUUACCAAGUACACUUGUAAGGCAUAUUCCUCCGUGUUGUUCAGGCAAUACAGUUGCAUCAGAUGUUUCUAUGGCUAACUCGUUAAUUGGAUGAUGGAG